CCCACCAAAACUCGAUCUUCCGACCUCUGCAAUGGAAGACGCUUUGUUGCUGGAUAGCUUCUCGCUGGGAUCUGCCUUUGUGCCCGCGCCCGUGCUGGCCGCGCCGUUGCCGCCGGCCAACCCGGCGCUGCGCCGGAAGACCGAUACCCGGCGAUCCAGCUACAGCUAUGGCCCUUUGGCACUGGCAGGUAGCCUCACCGUGCUGGCCGCGAGACGAGCCAAGGUGAAGCGAAGAGCCCAAGGAACUAUGCAGGACCUGUCCAAGCAAAUGCGGCAGCAGAGGAAGCAGCUGGAAGCUUCCAUGGAGAAAGAUGAGGACUUGAAGCUGAUGAUGCAGGGCCUAAGAGGAUCAGGCCUGAACGACAGCGACCGCCAGAUCGAGGGUUUGGAGAUGCGGCUUGUGGACAUUCCCACGGAUGAGGAGUCUGGUCUGCCCCUGACCUAUGACCCCACCAUUUUGGCGGACUACUUCGAUCGCUUGCCCGGGGUACAGCUGCAGAGGAUUCUGCAGAUCAUCAGCACCGGAGCCCCGCUGAUCGGAAUGAUCGCCUGGGAUCGCCUCACGGGGCGUGUGGACACCGACGCCCAGGUGAAGCAGGCCGCCAAGUUCAACGAGAUCGUGACCACUCUGGGCCCGUUCUUCAUCAAGCUCGGACAGGCGCUCAGUAUUCGACCGGAUCUGCUGUCUCCACGAGCUAUGGUGGAGCUGCAGAAGCUCUGCGACAAGGUCCCGUCCUAUGCCACGGAUAUUGCCAUGGCCACCCUGGAAGCGGAGUUCUCCGAGAAGUUCGGGCGCCCUACGCGCAAGGAGGAUGUGUUCUCGGAGAUCACGGCAGCGCCUGUGGCGGCGGCCUCCCUGGGACAGGUCUACAAGGCGGUGCUGCGGGAGCCAGCGGGCGAGGAGGUGGCGGUGAAGGUACAGCGCCCGGCCGUGUUGGAGACGGUGUCCUUGGAUCUCUACCUCAUCCGAAAGUUGGCCAAGUUCACCGCCUGGCUGCAGGAUGUAGGGCUGAGGGACAGCCGGCGCACAGACUUCGUGGGCUUGCUCGACGAGUUUGCCUCUCGCAUCUACGAGGAGCUAGAUUACAACAAGGAAUGUGCCAACGGACUGCUGGUGGAAGAGCACAUGUCCCACCUGGACCGGGUCAAGAUCCCGAAGAAUUUCGAGCAGUACUGCUGCCGCAAGGUCCAUGUGGCGGAGUGGGUGGAAGGAGAGAAGCUGUCGCAAUCCCAGGCUGGCGACGUGCGCCAGUUGGUCAACGUGGGUGUCGUUGCUUACCUCACUCAGCUGCUGGACAAGGGCCUCUUUCACGCAGACCCUCACCCCGGCAACAUGCUGCGCACGCCGGAUGGGAGGCUGGCGAUCCUAGACUUUGGGUUGAUGACCCGCAUCACGGAUGACCAGCGCUACGGCAUGGUCGAGGCCAUCUCUCACCUGGUGCACCGAGACUACGCCGAGAUCGGCACCGACUUCCAGAGGUUGGAUUUUAUUCCAGACGGAGUCGAUGUGAAGCCCAUCGUGCCGGCGCUGUCUCGGGUCUUUGAUGCUGCUUUGGCAGGUGGGGGUGCCCGGGGAAUCAACUUCAACGAGCUCUCCGCGGACUUGGCCCAGAUCACGUUCGAGUUUCCCUUCAGGAUCCCGCCCUACUUCGCGCUGAUCAUCAGGGCCAUCGGCGUGCUUGAAGGCAUUGCCCUGGUAGGGGAUCCCGACUUCGCCAUCAUCGACGAGGCGUACCCCUACCUCUCAAAGCAGCUCCUCACGAACCCUUCAGACAGACUUCGCUCGUCUUUCAGGUACAUGGUCUACGGCCGGGAGGGCGUGUUCGACGCCGACCGUCUCAUUGACCUUCUGCGCGCGCUGGAGGCCUUCCGGCUCACUGAGAGGGCCCCAGAUCCAGAGGAGCUGCAACGAGCGGCAAGCGCCAAGGCGGCCAGUGGAGUGUCGGGCCUGGUGCAAGACAGCUCCCGCACAGACACCAAAGUCCGCCAGGUUCAGAUGUCCAGCGAGCGCGUGGGCGACCGCCCCACCUCCUGGGCCAUGGCCACCGCCGAGUCCGGCGACGGGGCGAGGGAAGCGCUCACGUUUCUGCUGUCGCCGGACGGGGCGUUUUUCCGCGAUUUUCUCGUCGAAGAGACGGUCAAGGGCAUCGACUGCCUCGGCCGCGGCGGUAUCCAGAGAUUGGGCAAGCGCUUAGCCAACGCCUCGCCCCUGAGGCUUCUGCCGGGCAUCGGCCCGGCGCUGCUGCAGAGCCCCUUGGGCCCCUUCGGCGACAUCUUCGCUCCGCCGCUCACGGCGGAGGAGGAGAAGGUGGUGGACAACACCACAAAGAUCAUAGCCUUCCUCCUGGGAGAUGCCGAGCUAGCGCAGGACGCCGGAGGCUUCGUGUCCGGUGCGCAGAGCCUGGGCUCGGUGCUGCAGCUGUUUCGGGAAGAGCCGCAGCUGGCGGCUGGGGCCCGGGAGUUGGCGCAGAAGCUGGCGCGCCGCGCCUUCGAGCUUGUCAGUGCACGUGCCCUGCGGAGGCUCGCAGACCGCAUCCCAGGUGGCCCGUCCCAAGACAUGGUGGCAGCCUGAGGCGAAGCCGAAGUGCCAUGGUCAAAAGUGCUCGUUGAAUGGCCG